GAUUCAGUUAUACAUAUGUAUAUAUAUUCUUUUUCAGAUUCUUUUCCAUUAUAGGUUAUUACAAGAUUAAUAACCUAUAAUUAUUAAUCUUGGAUAAUUAGUUCCCUGGAUAUAGUUCCCUAUGCUAUACAGUAGGUCCUUGUUGUUUAUCUAUUUUUUAUACAGUAGCGUGCACCUACUAUAUAUAGUACAAAGACCGAGUACAUCACACAAAGGCACUCGUUAAUUAGUGGGAGGGGCAGGAAUCCAACCCAAACAGCCUGACCCCAGAGUGCACCUGAUGCCCUCCAGUGAUUUCACAUUUCAUAUCUAGGGGACUGGGUUUUGUGUGGCAAUGUAAUUUGUAGGAAUAAGGAAGCGCAGUGGAGAGCACACGUUUGGGGGGUGGUGUUAUAUGUGGUGUUAUUACUCGGCAGUUUGAUGAGCAAGUCAGGGCUGAAGAGAGACGGAGGCUGAAGAGGUGUGUUUGGGAACCGAGUGGUCCACAGAACGCCAUGUGAAUGGGUGAGAUCAGAUUCAAGGGCGUCGUUUAACUACAACAGAACAGAAUACAGAGAAAUGUGACCUGGAAAACGUCAGCAGCAUCCAGGGGAUGAGAAAAGGAGAAGAGCUGAAUUGGUCUGAGUAAAAGAUAAGGAGAAGCUGGCAACAAGGGAUGAGAAAGGGAAGAAGCGUGAAACCCAAAGGGCAGAAAGGACCUCUUGGAACCUGAGCCCAACCACGGAACGAGCGACCUUAUGUAACAGUUUCCUAUGGCUGCUGUAGCAAAUCACCGCAAAUUUAUGACCUUACAAUUAUGGAGGUCCAAAACCCAAAAUGGGUCUCACUGGGCUAAAAUCAAGGUGUGGACAGGGCUACAUUCCUUCCCAGGGCUUCAAGGGAGAAGCUGUUCCCUGGUCAUUUUUCAACUUCUGGAGGGGCCUGCAUCCUUGGCUGGUGGCCUCUACUGUGCUCUUCAAAGCCAACCAUCACAUCACCCCUCCCUUGCUUCCCUCUUCACAUCUCCUUCUCUGACUCUCCUCCUCUGCCUCCUUUUUAUAAGGACCCUUGUGAUUACAUGUGGGGCCCACCUGAAUGACCCAGGAUAAUCUGCCUAUUUUAAGUUCAGCUGGUUAGCAAUCUUAAUUCCAUGUGCCAUCUUCAUCCCCUCUCUCCUACCUCAGUCGUCAUAGACUCUGGGGAUUAGGACACAGGUGUCUUUGAGAGGAGCCAUCCUUCUGUCCAACAGUCACUGAGACAUGAGAACCCACAGCCCUAGGAGCCCACAGAGCACCUUCAGGCGGCUGACCCACUUUUCGGAGUCAUUAGUACAGGAUGGUAUUGAAGCAGAUGGAGUAGAUAGGAUAUCCUAGGGACUCAGGCACAGCUCGCCCUACAGAUAUCAAUGCAUCUGGGCUGCCACCUGGACCUAAGUAAGGAGGUAGACCAGAUGCCUCCACCCACCUUUACAUCAUCGACGUCCUCUCCCCUGUAUCCCAAACCGCUCUUCAGGUCCUAACCAUACUAAGAGGUCUACCCUGAGUGCACAAGCUCCCACAAGACUCUGGACCUUCUUCAAGUGGUUUCUCUGCAUUGGGUAUCAUCUUUCUUGGUAACGUCUACCAUGUCUUCAAGGGUCAACUCCCCCCUGAGUACUAGAGCUCCAGUUGCACCAUCCUGUAAGUGGUUGUUCCUCUGGGUUCCUUGGGGGCAGAAACCAGGUCUCCCCAACUUCCCCCACCCUGUGUUCUGCUCAGCGCCUAAGUUGGAGGGGACAUCCGGCAAAUCAGUUUGUUGAGUACAGAGAUGAAUGAAUGAGCUGUACUGAUGCCCAAGGGGCCCAGCUCAAGAGGAUGAAGCUGAGCUCUUAUCUCAUCCUCUAGGGAGAGACAAGAACCACAGUAACGACCUGGACUUGGUUCAUUUGUGGCCGGGCUUGGGGGUGGGAAAUAGAAGGGGAAGAGAAAGAGACAAACUGAGGGAAGAAGGGGGGCAAGGAGGGAAGGAGGAGGAGAGAGAAGAGAGAGACAGGGAGAGUGGGGAGGAGCAAGAGCCCACCUUACUUGCCUGAGGUUCUGUGUUUCCGUCUCUGACUCCCCCCCACCCACCCCAGGAGUGCCGGGAAUCACGGAUCAGAGGAACCCAGCAGAGUCCUGCUGAGCUCGGAUCUCCUCACCAUGGACCAGUACCGCAAGACACGCAAUCGUUCCAGCAUUGACGCCACAACGCUGGCUCCAAGAUCAGAGAACACUGACCACAUGAUCUUCCGGUCCAUCACUGUGGUUGUGGCCCUUUGUGGGUUGGUGGGAAAUGGAAUAGUAAUCUCGUUUGUCCAUCUGUCCGCCAAGAAAAAUGCCUUCUUCAUCUACAGCCUCAAUCUGGCCGUCGAGGAUUUCAUGAACCUUUGUUUCCAGACUGUAUUCUCUGUCUGCCAAAUCCUGAAGCUUUUCCUGCACUAUUCCUUUCACCUGCAUGACACCUUUAUGGUCCUGGGGUUCUUCUUCUACUUCACUGGCCUGGGCAUCAUGACCGCCAUCAGCUUCCAGCGCUGUCUGUCCUCCUUCUUCCCUAUUUGGUAUCGGUGUCGUUGCCCCAAGCACCUGUCAGGCAACGUGAGCGCCCUGCUCUGGAUUCUGAUCUUUUCGGUUAAUAUACUGAGAGGUCAUGCCUGUGGUCAGUUUAUUCAUCCCAAGGACAAAGUUCGGUCCUGCACUGAUGACGCCACCACCGUGUGGGUCCUCCUCCCGUUCUCCAUCCUGGGCUCGUCCAGCCUGCUGUUGCUCUUCCGAGUCCAGGCGAGCUCCCAGCAACACUGGCCCAGAAAGCUCUACCUGGUCCUUCUGCUGUCGGUCCUGGGCUUCGUUCUCUUCAGCCUGCCCCUCUGCAUCGUCUGCUUCCUCGUAGCUGGCAUGAAACAUCACACUCUCAGCGACGUCUGCAUCCAACUGUCCUGCACCAACAGCACCGCUAACCUUGCUAUUGACUUCUUCACUGGGGGCCUUCAGAGACAGCGGCUGAGGGAGCCCCUCAAGGUGGUCCUCCAAAGGGCCCUGGGUGAGGAAACAGAGGAUGGUGAGGAUGGGAAGGCGCCCCUGACUGGCAAGGUGGAGAGGGUGGACCUCUGAAGGAUGGGGGGCUCCCAGUGGAUCCGUGUCCCUGGGGCACGGUCCCUACCAUCUCCUGGUGGUAACCAUGCCUCGCUGCCAGCGGGACAGAGCUCCCCAA